AUCCAGCAACUCAAAGACUCAGAUGAGAAAUAUAAACAAAUUGAUGAGUAUUCUCAGAAAAAAGCCAAGAAAUGGCUCAAGGGAUUUGUAGAUAGCCUGAGUGAAGAUAGAUUAUGGGAAAGGUUCAUAGAGUAUGGGAGGCAACCCGAUAUCAUGUUUGUAUUAAAAUAUUUAGAGGUCUUCUUUGAGCUUCUAUACGUAGAAUGUUCACGAUUAUACUGCACUCAGCAGAAAAAGAAGAAUGAUGAGAUAAAGUUAUGGCGCGAGACAAAUGAUGGUAUGUAUUAUGUUCGCAAAGUUCUUAAACCAGACAAAGAUCAAUUUGGAGUAGUCGGAGUGCAAAUAUGUUACAUCUGA